AUGCUGCGGAACUGCGGGUGCUUUCAGCGGGCGAGGCGCAGCUCGAGCCUGGAGGACUCCUCGUCCUGCCGCUCGUCCGAGAUCGAACGGGGCGGCGAGAUGACGCCCCACAGUGGCAGCCUGCUGAAGCUGUUCACCUCGAAGGGCUGGUGCCGGCAGUGGCGAAAGAGUGGCCGUGGCAUGAGCAUGACCAAGAUCGAGCGCACCAUGAAAGCGGCCAUUCUGAUUCAGCGCUGGUACCGGCGGUUUCUGGCCCGGAUCGAGAUCCGCCGGCGUUACACGUGGACCAUCUUCCAGAGUAUCGAGUAUGCGGGCGAACAGGACCAAGUACGGUUGUACAACUUUUUCAACGCACUGCUCACGCACAUUCCAGAGACCGCAGCGCGCACGCUGGACUCGCAGAACACGUCCCGCGCGUCGUCCGCAGAGGCACUGAAUAUGAAAUUUUCCGACGAAUCGGACGAUCUAGCCGACGAGGGUAUCGCCGGCCCGGAACGCAGCUACCAGGGGCCGGAGAUCAAGUUUCCGCUCGAUAAAAAGGAGCUGGAGGUGAUUAUCGAUCUGUUCCGGAAGAAGAAGAACCGACUGCACGCCAAGUACGUGGCCGGUAUCCUGCGUGAGGCCACGUCGAAGCUGAAGCGGUUGCCGAACCUGAACCAGGCAUCGACCGCCAUCUCGAAGCAGGUGACGAUCUGUGGCGAUCUCCACGGCAAGCUCGACGAUCUGCUGGUCGUGUUCCACAAGAACGGGCUGCCAUCGCCGGAGAACCCGUACGUGUUCAACGGGGACUUUGUGGACCGGGGCAAGAAAGGACUCGAGGUGCUGCUGUUGCUGCUCUGCACGUUCCUCGUGUUUCCGGGCGGUGUAUUCCUGAACCGUGGAAACCACGAGGACACGGUCAUGAACGCCCGGUACGGCUUUAUCCGCGAGGUCCACCAGAAAUACAAACACAACGCCGAACGGUUGCUGAAGCUCAUCGACGAAGUGUACCGAUGGUUGCCGCUAGGGACGAUCGUUAACAACCGAGUGCUGGUGGUGCACGGCGGAAUCUCCGACUCGACCGAUCUGGAUCUCAUCCGCAGCCUGGACCGGGGCAAGUACAUCUCGCUGCUGCGUCCACCCAUCACCGAGAGCACCGCUCCGGGGGCCGAAAUCAUCGACAAAGUGGAGUGGAAACAGGUUUUCGACAUCCUGUGGAGUGACCCACAGCACACCGAGGGCUGCCGGCCCAACUCGCUGCGCGGAGCCGGCACUUACUUCGGACCGGACGUUACCAACAAGUUCCUACAGCGCUACAAGCUCCAGUAUCUGGUCCGAUCACACGAGUGCAAACCGGACGGGCACGAAAUCAUGCACGGCGGCAAGGUCAUCACGAUAUUCUCCGCGUCGAACUACUACGAGAUCGGCUCGAACAAGGGCGCCUAUCUGAAGCUGGACCCGCAGCUGGACACGCACUUCGUGAUGUACACGGCGGCCGCUUCCAAGACGCGCAAACUGACAUUCCGGCAGCGGGUGGGACUGGUCGAGAGCUCGGCGCUCCGCGAGCUGGCUGCGAAGCUGCGCGAACGGCGGAUAGAGCUCGAGCGCGAGUUCAAGUCCCGCGAUCCCGACCACUCCGGCGUUCUGACGCUUGCCAAGUGGUGCGAAGCACUGGAAAGCGCCACCAACCUGGGGCUGCCGUGGCGGAUGCUGAAGGAUAAGCUCGCACCGGUCGACAAUCCCACCGCCAGCACGGUCGCGACAAUUACGGAAGUCAACUACCGGAAGACGCUCCAUCUGCUCGACACGGACUCCUUCAAAUCGGCCCAGAACGGGGCGGCGUCGGUGGCGGAAUCGUUGUACAAGAACAAGAGCAGCCUGGAGGCCAUCUUCCGCAUCCUGGACAAGGACAACUCGGGCCAGAUCUCGCUCGAGGAGUUCGGGGAAGCGUGCGAGCUGCUGAGGCGUCACUUUCCGCACAACACCCACGAGCAGCUGCUGGACAUGUGCCGCAUGAUGGACAUCAACAAGGACGGGCUGGUCGAUCUAAACGAGUUCCUCGAAACGUUCCGGCUGUGCGAGAACGCCAAGGAGCAACUGCUGACGAGCCUGGAGGAGCGGGCCACCGCCGAGGGUAAUAACGGCAACAACAACAACAACAGCAUAACGGCGAGCGAUGCCAACGGAAACUGUGGCACAUCGAAAACGGAUCAAAAAUCGAAUGGAAUGGAGGCGGUACCGAAUAGCGGGUCGACCGCCACCAGAAGACGUAGCCGAAAGCGUUCGAGCAGCAAGCGAAGUAGUGGCGGUGGCGGCGGAACCAAGCCCAGUAAUGGAGUUCCGGACCCGGACGAGGAAGACUCGGACGAUUAUGACGACUACGAGACGACCGAUGAGACGCGCGAUAAAAACGUCGGUGCAGUGAAUUCUCCCAGUAGUGGCCAACGUUGGGCGUACGAAGUGAGGCCACGGAUUGCAUUUGCUUAG